AUGACCUGCACCCUGCUCCUCCCGUGCAGUCAAUGUUUUUACCCCACUAAUAAGAAACCUUCCGUCUUGAGAUGGUCCAUUCGAUCGGUUCCAUGUUUGAACUUGGACAGUUUAAAUGGUUCAAACACCAGCGAAUAAAAUUCACUUACACGUUGGUAAGGAUCACCAGGGCCUACUUCCACAACCGCGUCUAGCAUGACUGGUACGGCAUAUAGCUUUACUCGCUGCCUAGAAUCCAUCCGUCCGGAAUACUGUCAACCAUUCCAACGUCCAGCUGCACGUGCACCAACCGCAAGAUGUGCCAGAAAGCUUGACGACGGGCUCAUCAGUGAAUGCGUCCAUCGCAGAGAAAAAUCACAACUUCGCUAUAAAGUUAACGGGAGCCCGUCUCCAUCUCCGUCCACCUCCUGUCGUCUGAGCUGCACCCGACCCGCAAACCUCGGGACACUCGCAAAAAAGAGCCAAGCUGAUACAGCUACCGAUGCUUCACCUGACACAACCUGGCGAGGAAAGCUAACUUGCGAGACACAAAAUCAGAUCCCUCAAAGUGAAUACCACCCUCGUUUUGAAGGCGAAAUAGAAGAAAACGGCGAUCUGGAACGCACGCACCAAAAUAUCACAUACUGGUCAGAUUAUACUCACGUUUUCCUCGAUCCAAAAUAUAUACAGCCCAUCCCUGACGCGCACUGGAAAGUACCGAGGCUGUGUGGAAUGUUGUUGGAUACAGAGCUCAUUGAAUGGACGUUUCGUCUACUCGUCGCUGCCACUGAGGCAACGAAUAUAUCAUCAACUGAUAUCCCACAGAUUUAA